CGUUAAUGUGUUCUUGAUUUGAUUGUAUCCAUGGCAUCACGCAAGCCCCACUUCGUGUUAAUCCCGUUGCUGGCGCAAGGCCACAUGAUUCCCAUGAUCGACAUGGCCAGGCUGUUGGCCAGCCACGGCGCGAAAGUUAGCCUGGUAACUACCCCACAAAACGCGGCGAGAUUCUCGGGGAAUCUCCGGCGAGCCAGCCUGGAAAUUCACCUCCUGGAAAUCCCAUUCCCCUGCCAACAAGUUGGGCUCCCGGAAUUCUGCGAGAAUCUCGACAGCGUUCCUUCUAAAGACCUAAUUCGCAACUUCUACGCCGCUCUCGACGCCCUACAAGCGCCGCUGGAGAGAUAUCUCGAACACGAUUCGCCGCCGAGCUGCAUUAUAUCGGACAAAUGUCUGUCCUGGACGGCGAAAACGGCGAGGAAAUUCCAGGUGCCCAGGCUGGUUUUCCACGGGAUGGGGUGUUUUUCGUUGCUGAGUUCGCACAACAUUUUGCUGCAUAAGCCUCACCUCUCCGUGAAAUCGGACAUGGAGGAAUUCCCCAUCCCCGGCCUGCCGGUGAACGUUCAUAUCGCCAAAGCUCAGCUGCCGGGAUCUUUCGUCACUCUGCCGGACCUCGAUGAUAUUCGGGGCCAUCAGAACGAAGCUGAGUCCAGUGCUUAUGGUGUGGUGGUCAACACUUCUCAAGAACUUGAACAUAGUUUUGUAGAAGCUUACCGAAAGGCAGUUAACAAAAAGGUAUGGUGCAUUGGACCGGUUUCACUAUGCAACAGAGAUGUUGUGGAUAUGUAUCACAGGGGAAACAAAGCAUCAAUUGAUGAAAAAUACUGCCUUGAAUGGCUUGAUUCCAUGAAACCAAAGUCUGUCCUCUACGCCUGUCUAGGCAGCCAAUGCCGUCUGAUUCCAUCACAGUUGAUACAAAUUGGACUUGGCUUGGAGGCCUCCAAUCACCCUUUCAUUUGGGUGAUAAAGGCAGGGGAUGAUGAGAGAUCUGCCGAGCUAGAAAAAUGGUUUCAAGAAGAAAGAUAUGAGGAGAGGAUAAGAGGGAGAGGUGUUGUGAUCAAGGGUUGGGCCCCACAAGUGCUUAUUCUGUCCCACCCGGCUAUCGGUGGGUUCUUGACUCAUUGCGGGUGGAACUCGACUGUAGAAGGAGUGUGUUCUGGUGUCCCGAUGAUCACCUGGCCCAUGUUUGCUGAGCAAUUCUUGAAUGAGAAGAUCAUUGUGGAGGUUUGGGGCAUCGGGGUUCGUGUCGGCGUCAAGUUUCCGGUGAGGUGGGGUGAGGAAGAGAGAGUCGGAGUCUUGGUGGUGAAAGAUGAGGUUGCAAAUGCUGUAGAGAAGCUUAUGGAUGGGGGAGAAGAAGGUGAAGAAAGAAGAAAGAAAGCACAAGAACUUGGUUUGGUAGCAAAGAGGACCAUGGAUGUUGGUGGACCUUCACAUGGUAACAUUUUAGAUUUGAUUGAAGACAUUAUGCACUACAAAAAAAGAGAGAAUUAAG